AUUGAUUUGUGAAAAAUGGAGGACAUCGCCUGUAAACGAAGCAAAAACUUCUCCAAACAGGAGUUGGAGGUGAUGGUCGAUGAGAUCAUCAUCAGAAAAAGAUUAUUGUUUGGCAAGCUAGACAGUAUGAUAACAUCGGAAAACAAAAAGAGGGCGUGGGCCAAAGUUGCCCAGACUGUAUCUGCAGUGGCGGAUAUAGGAAUCGUUCGCGAUGUCAACGCUGUAAAAAAAAAGUGGGCGGACAUCAAAUCUAUUGCAAAAAAGAAGGGAGCGGAGAAGGCAAGAGAGUUGAAAAAAACUGGAGGAGGGAAGACCACAAUCCAGCUGGACCCACUGGAGGAGAAAUUGUUGGGGGCGAUUGCCGAAACGUUAGUUGAAGGAGUAGAUGGAGGAGUGGACACCGGAGAACCGGGAGAAGACGAUAGCCUGCAAGCAGGAGAUACUUUGGUCGUAAUAGCAGUCAACCAGGAUGCAGAACAAUCUCACACAUUCAAUGCAGCUGAACCAACACAAGCCCUUACAAAUCAUCAAAACCUGUUACAGAGUCCCGGGGAUGACCUGACAUUAUCACAGCUAAUCUCGGAAACCUUUCAUACACCUGCCACAUCCAGAAGCAACACAGAGGACAUGGUCUCCCUUCAGCGUCAGCUUUUGGAGGAAGUUAAAAUGCUGAGGCAUACUCAGGAGCAACUUCUGCAGGUGGAGAGGGAAAAGCUGCUCGUCGAGAGGGAGAAGCUUCGCCUUGCCCAAGCCAAGUUUGAUUUAAAAAAAAAAGAAUGUUGAACCUAGAAUAAAAUAGCAAUCACU